GUCUUUUAAGUAUCCUUAGAAUAAUGACAGAGAGACACAACGUGUGUAGGUUAGUAGAUACAGAUAGAUAUAGUAUCUUUAUGGAAGGAUGAAGAGCAUGAAGCACCACACUAUAUAUGCACUGAAGACUGCUCUGCUCUACAACUACUAUUAUAAUGCUUAUAAGCAAAAGGAGCAGUCACAAACUUGGUGUUUCGAGGACUCUGCCUGUGCAUUUCAUGCACAUGAGAAGAACACUUUAGUCGGUUUCCAUUCAUUAUUCUGUGAGAAAGGAUCAAGGCUAUAAUAGUUUGCUUGCUUGCUUGAAUUGCACACGGAAGAGAGGCCAACACUUUGGGAUUGCUUAUUUAUUUGCAUUUUUACUGCUGAAGUUUGAGCGCCUCGAGUAGUCAUUGAAUCUAAAGGACGAAUUGAGUUGUUAUUGAUGAUAGAAAAAAAAAAAAAUAGAUUUUUGUUUGAAGUUUAUUUUUGAAAUUCUAUUUGUGCCAUUAAAUGUCAGCAAAAGUGCUAUUUCAAUGCUAUGCUUUUUUGUGUGUCCUUUUAGUUAUUUCCUGGAAAUUGGUGACAGGUAGCAUUGUGAAUGCUGAGAAUUUCCCUCAAAGUUAUGCGAAUGGUGAGCCGGAAAAACGUUAUGAAAUCUUCUACAGAAGUGCCGAACCUACCACAGAGUGUGUUAAUCCAAACACAACAGCUGUAGGUUCCCAAGUUGGAGCCGCAGCCAACAAUCAAAAUAUUGGCUCUUCAUCUAAAAGUGAUUCCACUUCCGCUACCGCCGGAUCCGCUGUGGUGAGUUCUCCCGACAAUAGUCCAAGCGUUUCAGCAUCAAAACUAUAUGCUCUUGUACAACACAUUUAUGCUGCACAGGCAAGAGUCCAAUUGGAAGUCAAUGAAAUCAAGAAAGCUCAAGCCGUUGCAAAUUCUGCUCAAAAGUCCCUAGACGAAGCAGCAAACAAUGUUCGCUUAGUUACAGCUGCAUUGCAGUCAGCACAACAAGAAGUUGCAACCGCAGCAGUUCGAGCACAAACUGCUCAAAUGCAAUUAGCUGCCCAUGAUCAGUUACUUUUUGCAGCUAGACAAAAAGUUGAUGCACUUUCUUCCCAAAUGGUCGGACUUCAGGCAGAAGAUGGCGUCAAUAUGCCUAAAAAUACAAUAAACAUACAAGCUUUGUUGUCACAAUUGAAUCAGCCGUUGCCUCAAAGUCAAACACCGACACCGGUACCAGCAAUUGAUAAGGCUUUAAAUGGAGAGGAAGCGAAGAGUGGAGAAAGUAAAAGUGGCGAGACUAAGGAACUUGCGGAUUAUGAUGAAUUGGAUAGGGAUUUGUUUUAUUGAUGGGAAUUUUGUAUUUUUGUAUAUUUGUAUUUAUUUAUUUUUUGUUAGAUUUUUGAUGUUGCGGAUUAUGAAUAAAAUAUAAGAGACUUCUUAACAAACAA